UUCAAGACACGAUUAAUUAGUAUUAAAACUACCUCACUAGUGUUUAAAAUACCACGAAAAUGGCUUCAAUAGCAGCGGCGCAAGUACAAGAAGUGCGCUCUAUAACGCGCAUCGAGAGAAUUGGCGCGCACUCCCACAUUAGAGGACUGGGCUUAGAUGACUCUUUGGAGCCAAGACAAGUAUCGCAGGGCAUGGUCGGCCAGAAGAUGGCAAGGAAGGCCGCCGGAGUCAUCUUACAGAUGAUUCGAGAAGGUAAGAUAGCGGGACGAGCAGUGUUAUUGGCCGGUCAGCCUGGUACAGGGAAGACUGCCAUCGCUAUGGGACUAGCACAAGCUCUGGGACCGGACACACCAUUUACGAGCAUGGCUGGUUCGGAGAUAUUCUCUUUGGAAAUGAGUAAAACUGAGGCUCUAACGCAGGCCAUCAGGAAGUCUAUAGGUAUUAGAAUUAAGGAGGAGUCUGAGAUAAUUGAAGGGGAGGUCGUCGAGGUGGUAGUGGAGCGUGCGGCGGGGGGCGGCGGCGCCAGGGUCGGCCGUCUCACCCUCAAGACCACCGACAUGGAAACGAACUACGACAUGGGAGCCAAAAUGAUUGAUUCGCUGCUUAAAGAGAAGGUUCAAGCCGGAGAUGUGAUCACCAUAGACAAGGCUACAGGCAAAAUAAACAAGCUCGGCAGGAGUUUUGCCAGAGCCAGAGACUAUGAUGCUACCGGUCAGCAGGCCAGGUUCGUCCAAUGUCCCGAGGGUGAGCUGCAGAAGCGCAAGGAGGUGGUGCACACGGUGACGCUGCACGAGGUGGACGUCAUCAACUCCAGGACACACGGCUUUCUGGCACUGUUCUCAGGUGACACGGGCGAGAUUAAAUCUGAGAUUCGGGAGCAGAUUAACAGUAAAGUGGCUGAGUGGAGAGAGGAGGGGAAAGCGGAAAUGAUUCCCGGUGUGCUAUUCAUUGAUGAGGCUCACAUGCUGGACAUUGAGUGUUUCUCGUUCCUCAAUCGAGCGCUGGAAUCGGAGACCGCUCCCAUCGUGAUCAUGGCGACGAAUCGAGGGAUCACCCGGAUACGGGGUACCACUUACCGCAGCCCGCACGGCAUACCGCUGGACCUGCUCGACCGGAUGAUCAUCGUGGCCACCUCGCCAUACUCCCAGAGUGAGCUCAAGGACAUACUCAAUAUACGUUGCGAAGAAGAGGACUGUCAGAUGUCAGCCGACGCUUUGACAGUUCUGACGCGGGUCGCCACAGAAACGUCAUUGCGUUAUGCCAUACAGCUGAUCACUACGGCUUCGCUCGUCGCCAAGAGACGGAAGGCGGCUGAGGUCAGUAUGGAAGACGUGAAAAAAGUCUACUCGCUGUUCUUGGACGAGCAUCGUUCUGAGCAGUUUUUGAAGGAGUACCAGGACGAGUUUAUGUUUAACGAUGGUUCCGGCGAUGCAUCGCAAGUGAUGAUGGAAGUAUCUCAGUAAAAGAAUGAAAACAUCUUUCUACAAAUGACACUGUUCAGUUUUACUUUGCGUAAAAUUUAUUAUUUCUAUGAAGCACUGAGGUUUUUACUUAAACCUACUAUUGGUUGGUCGAGAAAUAUUUUUCUACCUUAAACUCAUGUUUCUUUAAGUCUUGCAAUACAACGUUCUUCAUUGCUUCCACAACUACAUUGAAGAGAAACAAAUCUACAUCAUUUCUGUGGUAGGGUUCUGUAUUGCCAAACUUAUAAAAGUUGUUUGAUAAAAAAAGUAAUGUUUUAAAUAAUAUGAAAGCAACUAGACCAUAACGAAUGGUUAGAAUUUUGACCUACGAUA